AUGCACUUCUCUCUGAUCAGCGAGAUUAGGAGGAGACUGCAACGAGACUGGACGGUUCGAAUCGACCACAUCUUCCGCGAGGCGAAUUUUGCAGCGGAUCACCUAGCGUCUAUAGGACAUUCGGAGACGAUUGGAGUUCAUGUAAUGGCUAGUCCAUGUACUUCUCUGCUGUACUGGCUGUUUUUUGACCGGGUGGGAAUUGAAACCCCCCGACUAGUUAGCAUGCAAUAA